AUGAUCUCAACAAAUAAUAACAACAAUUUAGAGUCUACAGAAAAUGACCAGGAGCAGAUAUCAAUGAACUUUGUGGUCGACGAUAUUGUUAAACAAAUGGAUGGUCAUGCAAGCUGCCCAGAUCACGAAAGUUCUACGUUUAUGUCGUUGCUCAAAGGAAGUGAAGUGAGAGAAAAAAUCACACAUGAAAUCUCCAAGUUUGUGAAAGUCAAAAUUGAAUGUUUGCCUCAAGGAUUUCAACACAAUCAAUUUUGUUCCCCUGCUCAAACCAAAUAUUCCUGCUAUGUGAAUGACGUGAUUCGUGUUUCUGUGAGUUUUGAUCACAAAUAUUUAGACUCCAUUGCAGCAGAACAAACCAUCUCUCCCAUUGCUGAGAGUUAUUGCUCCAAGUUACUUGACAAAUGUCAAGUUCAAUUAGUGUCCUUCAUUGAAGGUUCCACACAGAACUCGACUGAGAAAAAAACAGUUGAAGAAUUGAGUAUAAUGAUGGGAAAACUCGGUGAUAAAACCAACGAGAAUGAAAAAUAUGGCUCUUUUCAUGUUCCAAGACCUUCUCAAAAAAGAGGUAAGAAAAAGGAAAAGUCUACCGUCAGCACUGUGACGAAGAAGAUUGGUUUUGUGCAAUUGGUUCAUUACGAAUCUGGAAAAGUUUUGGCUCGUAGUGAGAAUUUAUGGAUAAGGUCGAAAUCAAGAGAGGAAAUGGAAACAAAGAAGAGAAGAUCUGUUUUAUCUUCCAAGAAGAACAAGAAGAGAAAGACUAAAACAGAACAACAAUUCGACAAGGAAAAUGAAGCCUGUUGUCAACAGAACGCAUUCAUUCAAGAACCGCUCAUGUCAGAACAAUUUAUUAAGGACUUCUUUGAAAUGAAUGGAGCCAAUAGCAAUGAGGAGGAAGAACAAGGCCAACCUCCAAAAACUGUUUCCAUUGUUGAACAGCCUCAGACUAAGGCAGAUCUUGCAUCAUCCGAUGCUGUAGAUCUUAAACCAAAACUUUCAACACUUCCAAACCAAGAUGCAUCCCUUUCUUCGAAUACCUCCUCUGAUGUUGCAGGAUUCAACAACAACAACAACAUCACGCUGAGUAGCGGAGGUAUGAAUUACUUUCCAUCCCCUAACCUUGUCUAUCCAUUCUUCCCAACCUCCAAUAUUGCUUCCUACUUCCCUAAUUGUACUUCCAAUUUUGUUUCAAUCAACCCUUGCUGCCACCUCAUCCCUGUAAAUCCAUUCCUCUUUGAUAACUUUUCCAACCUCACAUCAGCUACCUCUUGCACAGAUCUUCCUCAAGAAUUUGCAUUUUCUGAAGUGUUCCCAGAAGACGAUUGUGGCCUGAAACGUAAACGUAGCCAACUUACUCCAACAGAUUUGCUGAGUGACACGACCUUUGAUUUUGAAUUAAGCCCAAAGUCUAUUGAUGAAGAAUCUGUUUGUGACGAGUUUCCAAGUCCUCUUUCGAGCGUUUUUGGCGAUUUAAAUUCACCAUCUUCCAAUCCUGCAUCUGCAACCUCUAACGCAAGUUUUUGGGACAUGUUCAUGUAA